AAAUACGCAAUCAUUUCUAUUUACGUUGUUUAGCAAAGUGGACGUACUUCGUAUUUAUUGUCUAAACAACUGUGUUUGUGAACCGCUAUUUAGAUGAAGUCAUUAAGUAUCAUUUUGUGAGAGUCGACAUUUAAUCUCUACUUAUAGAUUUUACGUUAUUUUGUUUAUUUUUUCACGUAUUCCAACGAUCAGAAUUCAAUUCGACAAUAUUUUCUGUAUUAUGUCGUUCGCAUAAUACAAAUUAGUAUCAAAACAAUCGUAUUUAUUGCAUGUGAUCGUAAGUCAUGUCGACAAAGAAGAAAAUCGACAUGAAGAUGGCCAGCCAAAUGGAAAGUCCGACCACAAUCAAAGAACGAGCAGAGACAAUUCAUACAGGACUAGAGACUCUGCAGAAGAAAUGCUCGGAUCGCAAACAUAUGAAGUCAAUUUCAAUGAAGAAUCUCUUUAUGGUUCUGGAAUAUAUGGCGGAACAUUUGUGUUACGGACAGAUUAGCCUUUUCCAAGAAGAUUUCAUCAGCCAUUUGAGAGUGUUAACGAUUUUGACAGAGCACCGAAUAUCCGUUGGUUUUGAUAAGUAUUUCCUAAAAAUUAGCGAGUUAUUGUGCGAAUUAUGUCCGGCCAUAGGUGCGCAUGUUGAGUUACUUUACGGUGUAUUGAGACAGUGGCGCUUGUGUGUAAAGAACAUGCCGAGUACCGUCCCUCCAAUCAACGUCGAACGGUUGAAAAAGUGUGCGCAAUGCCUCGUCAUUGCCAGUAGAAUUUCAAUGCAACAAAUAUUGUUGGAAAUUGUCUAUGCCUAUUGUGAGCACGCUAAAGCCGGACCAUCAAAAUUGCUUCCAACAAUAUUCCAAGAUAUUCCAUUGCUUUCAGACAAUCGGGGAGAUUAUUUUGCUUCAAUUACAAAUAACUUUGUGGACAUGCAAUGGUUUCUCUACCAUUUUAAUCGGCGGUUAUCACAACAGAAAAUCCAUUCGGAAAUGGUUUGGGGUCUGCGAUUCGGUGAUGAAGUCAUCGAUUGUGAUGCGAAAAAUGAACGAUUUGUACAUUUCAAUGAGAAUUCAAUUGAAUUUUGGAUUCCGUACGACGUUAACAAUGGAAAUGUUGGUAAUGGCACCAAUUUAAAAGUGGUCAUCGAAGCGUCUGUGAUUAAAAAAGUGCUGAUCGAAGAAGAUGAUACACCAUAUGUGAAAAUGAUAUCAUUUGAACUAAGCGAUCGGAUACGAUUUGAAAAUGUCGAGGAAAUGGAAGUAGCGCCGGCUAGUCUGCAAAAAUCAAACGUCAUCACAAUGCUGUUCAUGUGUGGUUUCCAGAAGAACCAACUCAAUCAACUGCUUGUCAGAAUGCUGGGUAUCGAUGCCGACAAACUACAUGAGUACGUUGAGAUAAGAACGGAAAUAGUUUCAUCAUCCGAUGUAGAAAUGUCUGACGACGAUGAUGAUGUGAUUGAAUUCAUUCCGAUAGAAUACGAAACACGCAGACCACUAUAUUCCAAUCGAAACCAAUUCCACUCGCAAACGAAAAAUGAAAUACCAUCCGAAAGUCUGAUUAAACAAACAGAAUUGAUCAAGCAAACCAUUCAAAAAGCGUCGGAAGUUAAAAGACCGAAACGAAAACUUAGAGACAAAGAUUCAACAGUCAUUGAUAUGAGUGAUGAAGGUGAACUGCCAUCGAAAACAAAAUCUAUGCUCGCCAAAUCAACUACUCCAAUCGAACCAUCGUCGAAAGCAGCGGUCAAAAGAGCGAAAUCAACGGUGGCCCUUAAAACGGCUAAAACGGUUAAAACGCAGAAAAAAGAUGUGAAAAAAUCACCGGUGCAACGGCCAAAACGUAGUGCAUCCGAAAUGGCUAAGAAAAAGUUGGCCAACAAUGAAUCGGACGAAUUUGAUUUUGAUCCCAUUGAACUACCAAAAAAAUCCAAAAAUAAAGCACCGCUCAAGCGCAAAGAUGAAGUGGCACCUAUUCUCAAUCCACUAAGAAAAAGAGGGAACUCAACAAUAGAUGAUAAAAAUGUGAUUUUAGUCGAUUUUGUGUCCAAUACAAACUCAAGUGAUGGAGAGAUGUCGGAAAAAAUUAGCAUAACAGCAAAUAGUUUAACGACCGCAAUUGCGAGCAAAUCAAAAUUUGAUAGAAUUUUACAAAAUGCAUCGACAAUCAAUGAAAUGGCAAAAAGUGGCAUGCGUCGCGAUCCCAUUUUUUCAUAUCGUAAAUUGGCCGCUGCAAAAAAACCAAAACCAGAAGAUGAUGAAAAUCAGGGCUCACACAACGAAAAUUAUGGCGAUGACAUCGAUGCGAAUGGAAACAUCAAAAAGUGCAAAAACUGUCGCAGAAACGAACGAAUGGUUGAAGAUUAUUUGCAGAAUAUUGGUAAAGUGGCGACUAAAGUCAACAUUUUGGAUCGAACUAUAGACGAAUGCUACUGCGGAACAUCUAAGAACAUCGCUCAAACAUAGUCACACAUUUUUUU